GCGCUAUGCCAGAGACGUCAUGAGCGUCCUACUGCCCAACAUGGCGGACUUUGAUACCAUUUAUGAGUUAGAAGAAGAAGAUGAGAGAAUUGUGAGUGAAGAACAUCUCGUCAGAUACUGUCCCGAGCCUGUGGUUAUGCGCGGGGCUGGUCACAUCACCGUGUUUGGACUAAGCAACAAGUUUGAGACAGAGUUUCCUUCUGUUCUCACAGGAAAGGUUGCUCCAGAGGAGUUCAAGACGAGUGUCAAUCGAGUAAACGCAUGCUUGAAGAAGAACCUUCCGGUCAAUGUGAAAUGGCUGCUCUGCGGCUGCCUGUGCUGUUGCUGUACGGUGGGCUGCAGUCUGUGGCCUGUCAUAUGUCUCAACAAGAGAACGCGGAGAUCCAUUCAGAAAUUGUUAGAAUGGGAAAACAACAGAUUAUAUCACAAGCUGGGGCUGCACUGGAAACUCAGCAGGAGAAAAUGUGAGAGCAACAACAUGAUGGAAUAUGUUAUUCUUAUAGAGUUUGUACCAAAAUAUCCUAUAUUCAGACCUGACUAAAGGACUUCUGCUGGAUCCUCGUGGAAGGCCCUUCAUUCCUCUCCUUAGUGCCUUGUAUAUAUGUCGUAUUGAGGGUCUUCACUGGGUUUCUACAAAGACCCAUUUUCCCAGUACCUUGUACAGUAGAAUUCGCAACACUGUCACUUUGCUUUAGAGCAGAUUUUGCACAUUUCCUGAUGUAGUAGAAGCGCUCCAGUGUUGCACUCAGACGUUUUGUUAUAUAUAUAUAACAAGAGUGAUUGGAAGAAAGCAAACUCUGAUACGGUUUAAAAGUGCAUUUACCCCAAAGAGCUAUCAAGUCCUCCCCACAUACUAUAUUAUGGUAUUGUUGUUAAGAACAAGGCACCUUAAGGUGUGAAUUUGCCUUAUGUUUACGGUCAACCGUUUUUAAAUCAGACGUGUAAGUGCAGGAGUCAGAAGUGUGUCGUGUGUUAUUGUUUUCAGUGUAAUGACUAGCAUUGGGGCUUUUUGAAGCUAGUGCAGCAGACAUAUGAACUAGCUUAGAGUAACAGUCAGCACCUUGAUCUUCUGGCACUUUUGCGAUUGUCUACUACACGGGGAGUCAAAAAGCUGACUUGUAAAUACCAUGGACAAGAUGUACAGUGUAGUAUGCCAUGUUUACAUUAUGUAAUUUUUGCUGGUUAUUAGUUUUUUGCCAAGAUAUUAUUGUAGCAUAGUUUGUUUAUAAGCUGUCUCUGUAACUUUACAGUUGAUAUGGUCCUGUUACCCAGUAAGCCAUAAAAUAUAUGUACAAGAUGCCACUCGAGUUAGAGCUGAAAAUUGCACUUGAGCACACAAGGACAACCAUAUUGUCCUGGAGGUUUUUGAUAUUGUUUACAAUGUCAUUGUGGUGUGUUUAAAAACAACAACAUUUGCCAAUCAAUGAAAAUUUGUUACCAAGAACAAUGUGUCAUUCUUUUCACACAAAGUGAAAUUCAAGUUUUUGUUGGAACAUUAUUUGUACCCUGUAUUUUUUCCUUUGUUUUGUUUCUGUUGUUUCAGUUCCUCUUCAUCUGGGAGUGUCUGUUCAUGGAUGCUGUAUGCUGUUGUUACGCUCUUCAGUUCACUACAGACGCAGCAUUGUAAAUGUAGUGGUUAAAACUGCCCCCAUGUGUUUUCUAUACCUGCACGACUUCUUUGCUCCAUAUACUGUAGACAUGACUGCAUUAGUCGAGUGCCUCUGUAGAUGGUUUUAAGAGGAAUGAUUAUUUGCCUAGCAAUCUAAUGGAGAGAAAGGAAUCUGCUCUUAGUGCUGGUUCUGUUAAAGUAUCUGUAAAUGUUUGUCCCUACCAACUCUUAUGGAAAGCUUCAAUAAAUUCCUGAUUUUGA